CUCUUAAAUGCACCGAAUUUGCAUUUACAGAUCAGACUGCAUCUUCUUCAAGUGGAAUAGAAGAUCGCUGAAUUCUUUCUUCAUGGAUCUCUUGAUCAAGUUCUUGUGCUUCUUCCUCAUUGUACUCCAAACGGCACAAGAUUCCUGCGGCAACGAGAAGCAUUCUUAUCCCUACCUGCACGAAGCGAGUUGCUUCUCGCAGGCCAAAAAGGAGCGAUUCGACUACAUAAUUGUGGGCGGCGGCACCGCUGGGUGCCCCUUGGCGGCCACUCUCUCCCAGAACUACAGCGUGCUGGUGCUGGAGCGGGGUGGCUCGCCGUACGGUAACCCCAACAUUUCUCACAUGCAGAACUUCCACAUCUGCCUCACGGACACCUCCCCUUCUGCACCAUCUCAGCCCUUCAUUUCCACCGAUGGCGUCAUCAACGCUCGAGCUCGAGUCUUGGGCGGCGGCACCUGCAUCAACGCCGGCUUCUACACCAGAGCCAGUCCAAGCUACGUGAAGGCGGCGGGGUGGGACGCCAAGUUGGUGAACGAGGCGUAUCGGUGGGUGGAGCAGAGGAUCGUACACUGGCCAGAGGUUGCUCCGUGGCAGGCGGCCCUCCGCGACGGCCUGCUCGAGGCUGGCGUCGGGCCCUUCAACGGCUACACCUACGACCACCUCUACGGGACCAAGAUUGGGGGCACCAUCUUUGACAAGGACGGUUUCCGCCAUACUGCCGCAGACCUCCUCGCCUCAGCGAACCACAGCAACCUCAGAGUUCUCCUCCAUGCCACCGUCGAGAGGAUCAUUUUCGACGGAGGAGCCGGGCGGCGGUGGCCGACAGCGGCAGGGGUCGAAUUCAAGGACGAAUCGGGCAAGCGGCACCUGGCUCUCCUCGAGGACGGAAGCCGGAGUGAGGUGAUUCUGUCGGCGGGCGCCAUCGGUAGCCCGCAGUUGCUGCAGCUCAGCGGGAUCGGGCCGCGGAAGGAUCUCGAGAAAUUGGGCAUUCCAGUGGUCGUCGACAACCCGCACGUCGGGAAGGGGAUGGCGGACAACCCGCUCAACUCCAUCUUCAUGCCCACGAAAAAGUCGAUACGACAGUCGCUGAUUCAGACCGUCGGCAUCACCCAUCGCGGCGUCUUCAUCGAGGCCAGUAGCGGCUUCAGCCAGUCAUCGGACAGCAUCAAGUGCCAUCACGGUGUCAUGUCCGCCGAGAUCGGGCAGCUCUCGACGAUUCCUCCGAAUCAGAGGAGCCUCGAGGCGGCGCAAAAGUACGCGAGGGAAAUAAAGAAAACCCUGCCGAGGGAGGCGUUCCGAGGCGGCUUCAUACUGGAGAAGAUAGACGGGCCGCUGUCCCGGGGCGGCAUCCACCUCGUCGACGGCGACGUGGACACUCCGCCGGCCGUGACCUUUAACUACUUCAGCCACCCUUUGGACCUUCGGCGGUGCGUGUACGGGAUCCGCAGCAUCGGGCGAGUGGUGCGGACGAAGCGAUUCGCCGACCUCACCAUCGAAGACACCUACACGAUGGAAGCGCUGCUGAACAUGAGCGUGCGGGCGAACGUGAACCUGAUUCCUAAGCAUACCAACGACACCGCCUCGGUGGAACACUUCUGCAGGGACACUGUCACCACCAUUUGGCACUACCACGGCGGCUGCUGCGUCAGGAAGGUGGUCGACGGCAAGUACCGGGUGCUCGGCGUACACAGGCUCAGGGUGGUGGACGGCUCCACGUUCUACAGGUCACCGGGGACGAACCCACAGGCUACCGUCAUGAUGAUGGGAAGAUACAUGGGAGUGAAGAUACUGAGGGAGAGACUGGGAAGAGCAGCAGGAGUAUAAGUGAUUGCCAUUUUGUGUGCGUGUGCACUGCGAUAUAGAAGAAAGAACCUUGGUCUGGUGAUUAUUACUGGGAAUUGGGAUUAUUGUGAAAAGUUUCUUAAAGAAAGAAAGAAACAUUUAGAAAGAGAUGGAAUACAUACAUAGAUGUUUGACAAAUGUAUGUUAACUAUAUUUGCCUAAUAAAUAAAUUAAAAUUCAGUUUUUGGUUUAUUGGAA